UAAAAGACAUUACAUCGGCUGAAUAAAAGGGCCAUAGACUAAACAGAACGACUUAUCAUCAAAACAUACACUACUUUCGAUACAUCCAUUCCACACAGUGGACCAAGACUAAACCGAAAAUAACAAUAACAACAAAAAGCCAUUGGCUGCGAGGCCAGCGAGAGGAGUGCGCCUGAGGUGGCAACACUGGGUGCUCGAAGAUGUAAACAUGUCUGCGAGGAAGGCAGACGACACGGGGGGCGAGGAGAACCAAAAUGAGUGUUUUCAGACGUGCAGAGUGGUUAUCAUCGGCGCGGGCAUGGCAGGAUUAUCGGCGGCGAAUCACCUGAUGAAAAAUAACAUCCAUGAUUUCGUGAUACUUGAAGCUAGGAACAGAGUUGGAGGUCGGAUCAUCGCUAUCACCAUCGAUGGACGGAAAAUGGAACUUGGUGCUAACUGGAUCCAUGGCAUCCUGGGGAAUCCUAUAUAUGAAUUGGCUUCUGCAAAUGGAUUGGUGAAUAUCAUACAGGAUAAUAAACCUCACAAUGUUGUGGCAACACUUCCUGAUGGUCGAAGAGUUCCAUUUCACAUAGUACAGGAAAUCUAUGAUGCCUACUUUUGGUUCUUCAAGCGCUGUGAGGAAUAUUUUUUGUGUAAAUAUAUUCCUCCAGAUGGUAUUGAGAGUGUUGGUGCCCACAUAAGGUUAGAGAUAUCCAUAUACCUUGAGCAGUUCCCUGAGCACGAGAGACACAUUAGAAACCUUAUCUUCAACUACCUCCUCAACCGAGAAACAUGCAUUAGUGGUUGUAACACCAUGGAAGAAAUAGACCUCAUGGAAAUUGGCAGUUACACAGAACUUCCAGGAGGGAAUGUUGUACUGCCAGGUGGCUACAGUAGCAUCCUUGGGCCACUAACAAAAGAUAUUGACGAAGAGAAGUUACUCAAAGGUCAUCCUGUUGUAUCAGUGAGAUGGAAACCCCCACUAAAUGGCUUCAGUACAACUGACUCAGGGCUUGGGCAAGACCUUACGAACAAGCCCGAAGAAAAUUCAGAAUAUCUAGUAUCAGAGAGUGGAACAAGUGGUAGGCAACCAAGUACAUCUCCAGCAAGGAAGGCUAGGGCAAAGGUGGAGGUGGUUUGCCAAAAUGGGAAAAAGUUUUUUGCAGAUCAUGUAAUUUGCACAAUUCCAUUAGGUGUAUUGAAGGAAAAUGGAAAGACUGUGUUUGAUCCACCACUCCCAGAAUAUAAAAUGGAUUCUAUAAACAGGUUGUGCUUUGGUGUUGUAGACAAAAUCUACUUAGAAUAUGAGAGACCCUUUCUUAACCCUGGCCUUACAGAAGUGCUGUGUCUGUGGGACCCCAUUGAUCCAAAUGAACCCAUCAAUGAAAGAUGGUUCAAGAAGAUUUAUUCCUUCUCAAAGGUCACUGAGACAUUGCUCCUGGCAUGGAUUUCAGGAGACGAAGCUAAAUAUAUGGAAACACUUCCGUUUGACGUGGUGUCAGAAAAAUGUACUGCCAUCCUUCGACAAUUUCUCAAUGAUCCUUUCAUACCAAAGCCAAAGAGGUGUAUCAACACUACUUGGUGGUCACAGCCUUAUACUCGCGGCUCAUAUACAGCAGUAGGUGUAGGGGCCUCUCAGGUUGACAUCACAAAUAUUGCACAUCCAUUGUAUAUGCAACCAACAUGCAGCAAACCUGCAGUGUUAUUUGCUGGAGAGCACUGUCACCCAAGCUUCUAUUCAACAGUUCAUGGAGCCUAUUUAUCUGGACGAGAAGCUGCACAGACAUUAUGUGUACCAGACACUCCACCUGAGGUUGUUCUAGAUGUUGAAGGAACUGCUGAUCUCUCUUCAUGGAUAGAAGGAAUUUCCUUAAAUUAGUUUUGUUUUUCCUCAAGGCAGGCAUUACAC